UCUCCAACCCUGGAGUCCCUCACAACUGCCUCUAGAUUCUCGAGACCGCUGUCGUUGCCACCACGGCCUCCCUCGCUCUCGCCCCAAACAUGUCCUUUGAGAAUGCUUUCAAGUACUGCGAGGACUCGAUCCGCCAGUGCCGUAACGUCGUUGCCUAUCUGCAGCGUCGCCAGGCGAUAGAACUCGAAUACUCCCGAGCACUAGCCAAACUCGGCCAAUCGGCUCCCAAGCUGGCUCCGCCGCCAAACCUCAGUUCCAACCCGUCCCAGAUGGAUCAUCUCAUGAAAACCGAUAUCUGGCGAAUCUUCCACGACCUGGUUGCGGCCAACGAAGAGCUGAGCGAAUACCAUCGGCUAUUUGCAUCCAAUCUGCAGGCCACCCUUAUCGACCCCUACACCAAUAUCAUCAAGGAGAUGGAGCUCCAGCGCAAAGCACAAGUUGACAAGAGCUACGACUACACCAAAUACAUGCAGGAUGUCUACAUGAACCUGAAGAGGACCCGGAAGGAUUACGAGCUCUGUCAGACCGCCGCCGUCGAGGCUGGCAACCAGCACCAACUGAUGUCGUCGCAGCCAUCCACUCGGCUGAAGGAUCUCGAGAAGACCACAAACAAGGUCCUGGGACUCCAGAAAAAAGCCAACGCCGCCCUCGACAACCUCAACGCCUGCGAGGAGCUGUUCAAAAAGACCCAGGAUGAGUACCACAACAAGCUUAUUCCCGCCAUCCACGAGGAUCUGCGGUUCCGCGAAGAAGAGCGAUGCCUGACGGUCAAGAACUGCAUGAUCAACUACAGCCAGCUCGAGAAGAAGCUCGUGAUGCAGUGCAUGUAUCUGUCCAACGCGCUCGAGGAGCAGAUCAUGGAUAUUGACGUCGCCGAUGACGUUCAGCAAUUUGUCGAUAACUAUAGCCUCGGCGAUGAGAUCGACCAGGUGCUGCUCAAAAUCACGCCGAAGGAGUUGGACCAUUUCAAGGCCGACUAUGUGGACUACAAGCGCGGCGAGUCGCGAUUUGGCUGGAAGCAAGUCUAUGCCGUCAUUAGCUUGGAGCGGAGAAUGCUCUACAUCUUCAAAUCGGAAGAGGCAGUCAAGGCCCGAGACGUGAUCGACUUGCGGCCCGCAUACGCAUACAGCGUGCACGAGAGUUUCUUUGACUGCAAGAAUGUUGUCCAGAUCAUCUACAAGCACCGAACGGGCUCACAGACCAUCAGCUUCCGCCUGUCCAGCCCGAAGCAGCAGCAGGCAUGGCUGGCCUCGUUCAAGCGCAUCAUGUACUGCUGUGACCCGUGUGCUGGCCUGUAUGGCUACAUUCCCGACGACCCCAACUCGAUUGCCCCGAACGAGGAGCUCAGCCUGCUCCACCAGCCCAAGCCGCUGAUGGCGCGCGCUUUGCAAACUCUCCAAGUGUGGGUGAUGGAGGUCCGAGACCUGCCCCUCGGCCGCAACGUCACCCGGGAGAAAGCUCAGCCCUACUGUAUCGUCCUGCUCGACGAUGUGCGACAAGCCCGGACGACCAUCAAGCAAGGCACCACACCCUUCUGGGGCGAGACCUUCCAGUUCUACGACUUCCCUUGCCACCACUCCAAGGUCCGCAUCGCACUCUUUGGGCAUGUUCCCCUCAUGAAUGACGAGUUGAUCGGCUAUAUUAGCGUCAAUCUGAAGGACCUUCCGACGGAGCGCCGCGUCGAGGAGUGGUAUCCCAUCAAGACCUUCCCCGACUAUGGCACCAGCGAGCGGCCCGGUUCGAUGAGAGUCGCCUUCCAGCUCUGGACCGAAAACGUGAUCCCUGUGGAAGAAUACCGCCAGUUUAUCCAGGAAACCACCGAGCCCGAGUUCACAUGCAUCAAGGCCCUCGGAAACAUCCUCUUCCAGAAAGAAGACCUGCCCAUGGUUGUGAUGCGCUUCCUCGAAGCCGUCGGCAAGUCGGAGGAGGGCCUCAAGGCACUGCUUGUGGAAGAAAUCUCAAAGUCCAAGGAGACGUCGACGCUCUUCCGCGGCAACUCGCUCACCACCGUCGCGAUCGACCGAUACGUCCAGAGCCUCGCCGGAGGAUUCCUCCAGUCGAUCUUUGGCACAUUGUUCCUGCAGAUCUACCACAGCACCGAGUCGUGCGAGGUCGAUCCCAGCAAAGCCAUGGUCGAGGACACGCCCACGAUCAGGAUGGCAGACGAGCUCAAGAAGAACUACAAGCGUCUGAUCCUCUACGUCUCGGCGACCUGGGACGCGAUCCAAAAGUCCAUCAUGCUGUGUCCGAGAGAAAUUGUCGUGAUGCUGAGUCAUGUUCGCGAAGAGGUCUUCAAGAAGUUCGGCAGCGUCAACACCAGCCGCCUCGGCGUCAACUGUUUCUUCUUCCUGCGUCUUAUUGUGCCAGCCAUUCUCUCGCCCAACCUGUUUGGCCUUGUGCCCGAUAUCCCCUCGCCUGUUGCUUCGCGCAACUUCAAGCUCAUCGCCAAGGUGAUCCAGAACCUGGCCAAUCUCUCCACCUUUGGCGCCAAGGAGGCUUUCAUGAUCCAGGUCAAUCCGUUCGUCCAGAAGAAUCUCAAGGACAUGGAGCUGUUCCUGGAUAACAUCUCGAACCCCGACUUUGGCCCGUUCCCUGCCGCUAUCGAGCGUCUUUCCGUCGAUCUGCGCCACGAGUCCGAGAUGCUCUACCAGCUCUUCCAGCGCCACCGCGACCGUCUCUCAGGCGCAACCGCUGCUGACCAGGCCAAGCUGGACCACUUCACCAAGACGCUGGUUGACCUCAAAUAUGUCCACCAGCGGUAUGAGGAAGAGCAGGCGGACAUGUACGAAGAGCUCGUGAGCGACAUUGUCUCGGCCACAGCCCCCGCUUCCACAUCGGCGCCUGCGGCUGCUGCGGCUGCGGCUGCUGAGGGCGGCGGCAGGCCAUUCCCUCCCACUCCCACGCACGCCCCCAAGACCAUCUCGGCUCGACGGCCCAACAACAACGCCAACCACGCCAACCACGCCAACCGCAACAACGCACCCGAUAGCGACGGCGCUGUCGGCGGACGCAGCGAGCCCAGCAACGGCCAACCAGAACAAGCCCUUUCCCAGGAGCUUGAGGCGCUCAAGCCGCACGAAAAGACCUCGGUGCUGCCGCCCAAGCUUGAGCUCCAGUUCGAGUCGGCCCCGCUCCGCAUCAGCAAGACUCGCGGCGACUCGUUCCGGUUCUCCAACAGCCUCGGGAUCGACGACGCCGAAAACGGCACCGACCAGUCCUUCUCGGAGCUUCAGGACAUUCUCCAGUCACUCGUCUCGCGCAAGCAGCAGGAGGGCAUCAAACCCCUCCCGUCCGUCGGCAGCCACGACAACGGAGGCGGCUACAGCAUCCUGAGCAAGAGCUACAAAGACCAAGGCGACAUGGCCAUCGACACCCCGCUCGCCAGCUCCCCGGCAAAGUCACCCGACGACAUCUACAGCCCCGUGGGCAGCUUCAGCACCACGCUCACGCUCGCGCAGUCGCCCUCGAGCUCGCAGAAGCUCCCAGGACCGAUCAUGUCCGGCACUCAAAGCCCGAUCCUGUCGCCUCGGCUGGGCUCGAGAACCGCCAGCUUGACGAACGACGUGGACUCGCUCGAUGUGAAUGUCCCAAUGGAGCGUGUGCCCACACGGGAAGGGUCUCGCAGUCUCUCCGGCGCCACCCGUCAGAACUCGGUGCGGUCCCCUGCUCCGAAAAUCCUGGUCGGCCCGACCUCGACCAACAGCCUCAAGGAAGGAGGCAAAGGCUUGCUGCGGGGACUGAUGAACUACGGAGCCAACGACUCUGGCGACCCGGCCAGGCCGCCGACGGCCUCGUCCUCGCGCUCGGCGCUGACUGUGGAGCCGGACCAGCGGUCGAUUGUUUCGUCCGGGCGCGACGAUGCCAGCAUCUCGGAGGAGGAUCCCGAGGAAUCGACCACCAUCCUGGGUCUGCCCAUCUCGCGCGGACGCAAGACCACCGGCCCAUCCAGCACAACUCCCCCGGCAGUCAACCUCUCGGGCGUGUCGGCAAACCUACUCCGCGCCAACCCGGGCAUCCAGGCGAGCCUCAAGUCGCAGAAGCGCGGGUCCAUGAUGUUUGGCCGAGGAAACUGAAUGGUCCAAGACGAAAGGAAAGCGCAUGAGCAACUGGGACAAGUGGCGACACGAUGAGCACAGGAUGGGCCACAAGAUGAGCAACCGUUG